UCGCCAUUUUGAUUUCAGAAAGAAGUGAACCCGGAAUCUCAAUCGUUCUGAGAGACAAUAAAUGCAAGAAAAAUCAUGUUCUGCCAUUCGCAAAUCGCCGGUAACUUUUCCGGCUCUGUUGAGCUUUUCCGUGAAACUUCCCUCCCCCACCUAUGGGGCAAAACAACAGAAAAGCCAUAAUAGGGCCUUGAGAGAUAACCAGCUGCACACUUGAGAUAGAGUAGAAGUGUAUAUAAAGGAGCCCAGACAGAAAAUAUACGACGAUAAGACUAGAACAGGGACACAAACACAAAGCAAUUGGUGAAGCUACGACCACCAUGCUGACUAAGUUACCACCGCCAGGAGUUUUCGUACCUGUUCCAACAUUUUUCAAAACAACACCAGCUUCUUCAUCCUCAUUACAAGCAGCACUCGAUGUUCGAACUCAAUGUGAACACAGUAUUCACCUUGCCAAGAAUGGAAUCCGAGGCCUCGUGCUGCUCGGAAGCACGGGCGAGGCAAUACAUCUCUCCCGGUCUGAAAGAUUCGAAUUGAUUUCCGGUGUCCGCAAUGGACUCACAGAAGCUGGCUACGCCGACUAUCCAAUCAUGGCAGGCAUCUUGACGAACUCUGUCGAUGAAGCGCUUGGAUGGCUUGCAGAUGCGAAGAAAGCUGGUGCACAAUGGGGACUCGUCCUGACACCAGGAUACUUCGGUCCUGCUGCAAACCAAGAGAAUCUGCGGGAAUGGUACACACUGGUCGCAGACACGAGUCCUCUACCAAUACUGAUUUAUCAUUACCCCGGCGUUACGAACAACAUUGCCAUCAGCCUCGAAACAUACAUGGCACUGGCAGCUCAUCCGAACAUUGUUGGAUGCAAAAUGUCUCACGGCAAUGUUUCUCACCAUGUCCAAGUGGCUUUGGAUCCUGCUAUUGACCAUACGAAGUUCCGCGUAUACAGUGGCUUUGGCCAGCAAUUGGGUCCUAUUGUUCUUUUUGGAGCUGCUGGAGUGAUUGAUGGGCUUGCUGCGAUAUAUCCCAGCGCUGUGUCGCGCCUCUUCGACCUCGCAGCCAAGCGUCCAGUCACGAAUGAAGCCUUGCAGAAGAUUCAAGAGUGGCAAUUUAUUGUCAGCAGAGCAGAGGAAAUGAUAGCAAAGUGGGGCAUCAUUGGAAUCAAGGAAGGUGUAUAUCGAGAGUUGAAUAUUGGCAAUUUGAACGGCGGGAGACUACCACUGAGGGGAAAUCUGCCCGAAGGGGAAUGGGCGAGGUGGAAUGUGGCUAUGGAUGCUAUGAAGCAGCUCGAGCAGUCCAAAUAGUUUCAUGAAUUUUAUUGAGCGCUCUGCCGGCUGCGGCUCUCUACCCUCGCUGCAUGUUUCCCACAGACUUGAUUGAGCCAUUCACGGGAAGUUCCUAUUGAACUUUGUCACAGUACCAGUUUCAGUGAGGCAAGCUUUCAGGUAGGGAUUGUAAGCACUUGGACGGG